GGUUGCUGACAGGUCUGUGUUGUACGGUGCAGGUAUGCCCCUGAGUCUGGACUGCAGGGCCUUUUUCGGCUACAGCGGAGACAACAGGAAACCCAACAUCUACUGGAAGAAAGGAGAGAAGUAUGUGGAGGAGCUGGCAGGACACAUCAAAGAAAGUGAAAUCAUGAUCUUGAGGGAACAUUUAGGCGAGAAGGAAGUGCAGGUGUCGCUGACGUUUGACGCCGUGGAGGAGGCAGAUCUGGCCAAUUACACCUGCCACGUAGCGAACCGGAUGGGGAAGCGCAGCGGGAGCGCAAUACUGCAGAAGAAAGAUAUGUAUCGCCUGGAGCUGGCGGGCGGCCUUGGGGUCAUCCUGCUGUUGUUGGGGAUCCUAACCGCGCUUUAUAAGUGCUACAACCUGGAGAUCAUGCUCUGCUACAGGAGACACUUUGGGAGCGACGAGACUGAAGAUGACAACAAGGAGUACGACGCCUACCUGUCCUACACAAAGGUGGACCUGGACUCUUUGGGCAGGACGAGCAGCGACGAGGAAACCUUUGCUCUGGAGAUUCUGCCGGACGUUCUUGAAAAGCAUUACGGAUACAAACUAUUUAUACCAGACAGAGAUUUAAUACCCAGCAGUACCUACAUUGAGGACUUGGCACGCAGCGUGGAGCAAAGCAGACGUUUGAUCAUUGUUUUGACUCCAGAAUUUGUUGCCAAAAGAGGUUGGAGCAUUUUCCAGAUAGAGACGCGUCUCCACUCCAUGCUGGUUACAGGAGAGAUCAAGGUGAUCAUGAUAGAGUGCGCAAACUUGAAGAAUGUCAUGAACUACCAAGAGGUGGACGCGCUGAAGCAUACGAUCAAGGUCUUAUCUGUUAUCAAGUGGAGGGGUCCAAAGAGCAACGAGCUGUCCUCCAAGUUUUGGAAGCAGGUGGUCUAUGAGAUGCCAGCUAAACGCAGAGAGACUCUGUCCAGACGUCAGGUAAUGGACUCUGGUGAACAGGGCCUCUUUGGUGACCUACAGACCACUGUCUCCACCAUCGCCAUGACGACCACCUCUGCCUCACUAGCGCCCCCUAAUGAGAAUCGCCAUGGCCACCAUCAGGUUGCCUUGGCAACAGAGAUCCCUGACUACAACCAGAUGACCUUGCCACUGGGAGGAGGUCACACUGCUACAGCGGCCCAAAUGCGGCACUUCUGCCGCAGCUACGAGUUCCAGCUUCCCCCACAGCCUUCUUCCAUGUCACCUCCACUCCCGCCUCCCUCCACGGUGCAGUUCUCCACCCUGGGCCCCGGGGGGCGCCAUGUCUACUGCAACAUCCCCAUGACGCUGCUGAAUGGACAGGUGGGGGAACCUGUGUCUUCUGGUUUUUCUCGUUCCUAGACAGCCUCUUAACACCCACCAUCUGCACAGAGUAUCCUUUUGUAAUGAUCCAUACUGUUAUGUGCUUGCGUGUGCUCGGAGUUGAAAGCAAAUAAAAAUAAAAGCCCUCUUUUCUCCCCAGGGGUUCAGAGCAGUUCACUGGGGAACAAGAGGUCUGUUUGGAUAAAAGAGAAAAUAAAAGAAACAUUGUUUCAUUUUGUGUAACGCUAGAAUAUGUGUUUAUUCUAAAAGUAGGAAGUAGGAAGACAGGAUGAUGAUAAACAGUAGGCUUGGACUAGUAUUCAUACCCCUCAAACCUUUCCACAUUUUGUCAUGUUACUACCCAAAACUUUAAAGUACAGUAAUUUAAAGGGAUUUAAUAUGGUGAACCAAACCAGUGCAUAAUUGUGAGUCUUAUAUGUUUUUUUUAUAUAUAUUUUCUUUACGUUUAAGAUUCUGAAAAGUCUGAUACGAGUUUUAACCCUAAAUAAAACCAGCGCAAACAAACUGCCUUCAAAAGUCAUAUUAUU